UCACCUCUAGGUCUGGACAAGAAGUCGAUUCGGCCGAACCUACUGUUGGGUAUAAUCAUACGGAGCAAAAAGCACGUGCCAUCGCAGGCGCCGCAAAACUCGACGAACUCCAGGGGCCGGUCGUCUGUCUCGGCCGCCGGCGAUCAGACCGUCCGCUCAUACACUCCGCCGCCAAAGUCCUCGUCGAACGACUCGUCGCCCGAAGACAACAGCAAAGACACGGACGACGUGUCGUAUACACCGCCGCGAACCGCGUCCACAACCGCUUCGGCCAAAUCCAAGUCCAAGACGGGAGCGCCGGUUCCGAAGAUCACUACAACCAUUACCUUAGCGUCGAAGUCAACGGUUCCGCCGGUGAUCGACGACGACGACGAACCGUACGAUCCCGAAGAAGUGGAUUUGAGUUCGUCCAGUGGGGCGACCGCCGCGACGCCGGCUUCCGUUUCACUGGACGGCCAGUCGACUCAUUCCAUACCCGAACUGAUGGAACAGAUCGCCCGCUCGUCAAACCCCGUGGAGAUGACAUCGUCGGUGCUGUCGGCGAUCGCCCAGUCGUCGAAUAUCGAACUCCAGCGCCGACUACUGGAACAGUUGACCGCCAAAGUGGACGAACAGAAGCGCCAAUUGGAGGUCCAGAAAGCCGAGGCCGAGGCCAGCAAUGCCUCGUUCGCGGCCUCCAUGUCGUCCGCCUCGUCGUCGUCGGCGCCGCCACUCAUACCCGGUCUCGACGGACAGUUCGCCGCCUCAGCGCUCAAAGACAUCACAAUUCCCGACAAUCUUCAGGACAUUCUGUCGACAGUGAAGGACAAGACGCUGGAGAUCGAGCGCCAACAGGAGAGGCUCCGGGCGGUGGCGGCCGCCGGCUUCAACUUCGACGACCCGAUUGUCAAGAAUUUUGGCCCCAAAUCCGGUCUCACAGAACCGAUCGGAGACUCACCCGAAGCCAUGGAUUUGGACGAUGAGGACGACGACGACGCGGCGCAGACCAAGUCGUCGGACACACCGUCGCUGACGGGCAUCAGUAGUAGUAGUAAUAGCAGUAAUAGCGGCGACGCCGUCGGUGUGGGCGCCGGUGGGCAGCCGUCGGGCGCCGCGGCGUCGAUGACUACUGACCCGAGACUGCGGUCUAAAAAGCAAACUCCGUUGCCGUCCAUCACUCACGAGACGGGAACCGACAGUCGAGUGGCGGCCAUGACUUCGGACGAGUUGAUCGAAAAGGCGAAGCAACAGAUGGCGGCGUUGGCGCAGAUGGAGAGCCGGACGGCCGGUGCGGACACCCGGGGCUCGAGUCGGGCCACCGAUGCGACCAAUACUGACAAUACAAACAAUAAUGAUAUGAAUAAAAGUAGAAAUAAUUCGCCAAAAAUCAAAAUCCAGUGGAAAAAGAAGAAAUGAUUGCGAAAAACCAAUUGUGAAAAACCAACUGUUUUUUUAUUUAAAACAUUUAAUUACUUUUAAUUAAUUGUAACUUUCGUUGAAUUUUUGUUUAGAC